GAAGGAUCCGACUCCAGCUGUCAACAGCUGUGCAGACUGUAGUGAUAACAUCGCAUGACUCCACACAUGAUGCGUGUUACCCGCAGGGACGAGCAAACCAAUUGUUUCAUCGUGUAAAAGUGAAAUAGCUCUUGAGCGCUAUAAGGUCCGGCCCUGACUCUGCUUCGUGAUAAUCACUUCUACGGUACUACUGUUGAAGAAUACACAUAACAAUCAUGUUCGUCCCAUUUAUUACGGCGCGAAUGCAAAGACGUGCUGGUGGGGGAGGCGGCGGUGGGAGCACCGGUGGAGGAAGUAAAGGCGGUUCAGGUUCGACUUCGAAGAGUGGAAGCGGGACAGGAAGUUCGAGCAGCAGUGGUGGAAGCAAAGGGUCUAGUGGCGGUAGCUCAUCCGGUAGCAAUGGAGGUUCCAGCAAUGGGAAGGUCAGCAGCGUGUCUGCCGGAGGAACUUCCAAAGCUGCUUCUUCGUAUAGCAGAGGCGGAGGAUCGAUUUCAACUAUUCCUUCUGGUCAGCUAUUCGCUGGGCGUAGCAUCGGUGGGGGUACGCGAGACCAAGUAUUUGGAACGAGAACAUAUGGAAGUGGAUAUCCAGGAACAUCUGGACGCGGCGUGGCUGGGCGUGGAUUCCCGUUUUAUUUCUGGCCAGUAGUCUGGGGAGGAGCUGUUAGUGCAGGCACAGCUCCUUAUUUGCAUUCAGAUGAGUACGGCCUCCCAGACAAUAGCAGUCGCCCUGGUGGUCCGAUGGUGUCAGUGACGUUCAAUUCAAGCGCCGGGGGUUCGUCGACGUUCCACGUCGUCUCCGAUAACCAAACCGUGACGAGCCUCAUCAGCGAUAUAACCGGGAACUGCUCGUCACUAUUCAACACUUCCUCCAGCACUACGAAUGCGUACAACGCAUCCGAUCCUUCUGCACCUCAGCCAGAACAAGUUAUUCAAUAUUACCGCGCAAGUAGUGCUUACCUGAUGCUGGACGGAUACAACAAUACCGCUGUCUUUGAAUCUGAAAACGCUACAGACGUCCCGCUACCAUCGUGGGUCAAUACCACAGCUAUCGACUGUUUAAAUCAAACGAUUGGCGCUGCUGUACCUUUGGUCGAUGCAGAUACGCCAUCUUCUUCCUCCUCUUCCAUCUAUUCAUCACCGACAGGGAAUCUUCCAUACUCCAAUGCUGCUGCUAUGAUCACUCACAGCCUGGGGACCUUGACUUGGAGUUGGAUACUCCUGUGCUUCGCUGCUUGGUUGUAGCGGUCUUUCAAUUAUGCUCCUAUACAUGUAUAUCUCCAUUUUUUUUGAUCCGUCUACA